UUCGGCACCAAGCAGUGGGGCGCGCUCGAGAAGAGCUGUCUGCUGCCGCACCGCGACAACAAAUCCUGCUGCAACCGCUUCCUCUUCCUCAAAAACCCCCCCACACCUCCUCCCCUCUUCACCCCCCCCUCCCCCUGCGAUGUUUCUUCUCCCUGUCAACACGCCCCCCUGCGUCGCCCUUGUCUCUCUUGAAAUUCAGCGAGUCGCACCGGCGCUGGCAAGCAGACAAGGCACACCCGGAGAGCCGCCGCUCGGGUGAGGCCAGCCUGGGUCAGCCGAGCAGCCCCGGGCAGAGGGGGGCGUCUCCAGAUGCGGCAAAUGAGCGGGCAGCAGAAAGCGACAGCAAGCGCAACGACCGGCACGACCAAAGCCCAGCUAACACAGGAGAAGCAGAUGCAUAUGCAGAAGCAACAGCUGAAACGGCAGUAACAGAAAAGCCACCAGCAGCAGCACCAGCAGCAGCAGCACCAACACCAGCAGCAGCAGCAGCAGCAGCAGCAGAAGCGGCGCAGCCACGGGCGUACGGGCAUCUGUCGCUGGAGGCGAGCGAGUGGCUGUUCCUGGGGCUCGGUGCGAGCCGCGACUGGCCUGAGCUGCACGACAGCAUCGCCCUCACCGCUGCAGCCACGGCCGGCAGACUGGCUGCUGCUGGCACUCACGGCAUUGCGCCACAUGGUGCUGCCAGCACUAGCCUGAUGACUAGUAGUCCGAUGGCUAGAGCUGCUGAUGCUGCCCAUGUUUAUGGUCUUGGCAGCCUACCUGGGAGCAGAGGAGGAGGAAGAGGGGCGUUUUUCCACCUGGAGUCUUGUCCUCCGCUGGGCGCUGGUGACGCUGCUGCCGGUGCUGCUAGUGCUGCCGGUGCUGCUAGUGCUGCCGGUGCUGCUGGUGCUGCCGGUGCUGCUGGCGCGUCGUUUGCUGCUCUCUCUACUUCCCUCCCGACUGCCCUCUCGGCCGCUCGUCCCGCUGUUCUGUCUGCUGCCUCUCCUUCCACUCACGCACCCUCUGCGGCACGCUCAGCUGCUUUGCGUCACGGACAUUCAACAUUACAUUCAACAUUUCUCGGGCAGACUUCUUUUCUCGGGCAGGCGUCUUUCCCCGGGCAUCUGGCAUGUGGGGUACAACCCUCUUUACACCCGCUUGUCGCAGGGAACUUCCCGCCGCUGGCAACGCUUCUGGCUGCGCACGGCUCAGUGUCAGGCGGCCGUCCCAUUGCUGCUGAUAGUGGCACCACUGCUGCUGCUGAUAACGCCCCUGCUGCUGCUGCCGCUGCUGCUGCUGCUGCCAGUGCUGCGGCUGCUUUCCUGCCGUCUCUGGGGGACGAUGCUGCCCCUCUUAUGGGUGCUUCCGGUGCUGGCGCGAGCAGCAAGAGGAGGUUCGCGGAUGUUCAAACGCCGGCGUUCGAUGCAGCUGGGAUGCUGUGCGAACCCCGGCAAGGAGCGGGAGCAGAUGGUUGCUGGGAUGGUGCUGGGAUGCGAGAGUCACCUCCGACGCGGAGCACGAGAUUCGAGGAUGGCACGACGCUGUGUGAGUCAACGCAGGGAGGCGUCUCCUCCCUAAUCCCGCGAAUGAGCUUGAUCAAGCAGCAGCUGCUCCUGCUUCAGCAGCAGCAGCAGCAACAGCAGCAGGGGCAGCAGGAACAAGAACGGGAGCAACAGUCUCAGCAGCAGCAGCGGCAGCAGCAGCAGUGUCUGAGAAGGCAGCAACUGCUGGAGCUUCAGCAGCUGCGGAUGCGGCAGCAGAACCAGCAGCGGCUGCAGCAGCUGCAGCAGCAGCUGGAGUUGGCUCAGAACGUGCAGGAAGCGGCGUGGAGACGAAAACAGCAAGCCACCGUCCAGGUGAAGGAGGAGGAGACGCAGGAUAAGGAGCAGCAGCAGCAGCAGCAGCAGAAUGAGCAGCGGCUACAGCAGCAGCAGCAGCAGCAGCAGCAGCAGCAGCGGCGGCGGCGGCGGCAGCAGCGGCAGCAGGAUCACACCGCACCCUCAGUGAUGCGCCCAGCCCUUGCCUGUCACCCUCUCCCCUCUCUCCAUAUCCCACCCCGGCCCAACCUGCACGGCUGCCAAUCCCACAGCAGCAGCUGGAGCACGGCUUCUUACCACCGCUCCCCCCACUCCCUCCCACUGUCCCCCAUUGAACACCCUCACUCCCCCUACUCCCCCACUCCCCCCUACACCCCCACUCCCCCCUACUCCCCACUCGCCCCUGCGGCACCCUCACUCGCCCCUUCACCCCCACUCGCCCCUGCGCCCGCACUCCCCUCUAGAACAUUCGUACUCCCUCUCCUUCCCCAACCCCCCUCCAGCCGGCUCCCCGUCCGACGGACCCUCGCCCCGACUCCCAAGGUCCGAGGUAAAUCAGCGGCCAAAUCCCCCCACCCUCCCGACCCUCCCGACCCUCCCGAACCUCCCGAACCUCCCGAGCCUCCCGAGCCUCCCCAAUCAGCGGCCAACCCCCCCCACUCUUCCGUAUCUCCCAGCCCCCCCGAGCCUCCAGCACUCGUUUCAGUUCCCCCCCCCCCGGCCCUGGCGGACGCAGCAGUGUGCAGAUCGGCCACCUCCUCGUUUGAGGCGCCUCACACCUCAUCGCCAGUACCAGCAGCACCGGCAGUAUCAGCAGUAUCGCCGCGUGAGGCGCCAGUGCAGUUGCACUCGCCUCCCCCCCCCCCUCGCCACUACCCCUGGUCUUGCGACGCGUUUCAGCGACCGCCCUUACCCGCUUCGGCUCCUGCCUCUCUUGGGGCACCUCUAAGACCGUCGUCUCAUCCCUCCGCCACACUCGCUACUGUCCCACUUUGCAACAGCCCGCCCCAGCUCCGCUCCCCACAGUCACAUCCGCUUCACUCACACAAGCACCAGCUCUUCCCCCCACCUUCCCGGGCGGAUCCAGAAGGUUCGGCAGUGGUUGGAGGUUCGGCAGCUCGUGGAGGUUCGGCAGCGCCUGGAGGUUCGGCAACGCUUUGGCAUAAAAGUGACUAUAUGGGGGAUUACAUGACGGGGGGUAACAGCAGCGGCAGUGGGGGCGACGGGAGCAACAUGGCAUGUGAUACUAACAGAUUGCUGGCUGGGAACAUGGAAGGCACUGCAGCGUGUGACUAUAACGAGCGCCCGGCUGUCAAGCCUCGCCUGGUGAGGCUGGUACCUGCAGCCAGCAGGUCUUUCACCUUCGGCGAUCAGUAUAAACGCGCCCUCGCUUCUGCUUCUGCUUCUGCUUCUGCUUCUGCUUCUGCUACCGCUACUGCUGUAACCAUGGAUGCUGCUGCGAUUUUUGGUAACAUGGUAACCAGCCACGGUGUCAGCAGCAGGGGGGUUGCUACCACCAGCCAUGUGGUAACCAGCCAAGCCGUAACCAACCAUUGGAUACCCGGUGCUGGUGCGGCUGAGUUGAAUCCCCGUUAUAAAAUGGAGGAGAUGACCACGCGGAGCAUUGCUGCGGCGCACACUGCGCCACUCGCAGACUGCCACGUGGCGUCCAAGAGGGUCAAGUCCCGAAGCGCGGAUAAUUUCGCUACCAUCUUCUCUCCCGGUGCCUCUGAGGAGGGCGACGUUAUGUGGGGCGGUGGCAACUUGGGAGAACCUUCCAGGAAGCUGCAGCAGAGAAAGGCGGGGGAGCGUGAAGGGGCGGGCGGGGUUGGCACUACGAGUACUAGUACUAGGGCUGCUGGUUUGGGGGGGCGGGUGCAGACUUUAGUAGAGUCGACUCAAAAGCCAGCUGCUGGUUGCGAGGAGUGGCAGGUGCAGGAAUGCCGCGGAGCCGUGACUACUAAUGCUCGUGCGACUCCUGACGGUGCGGAGGCUAUCCGUGCAGAGGCUAUCGAUGAGGCCAUCGCUGCUGCCUACGGUGCGGAGGCAAUCCGUGCGGAGACCAUCGAUGCUGCUGACGGCGCAGAGGCGCCGCUGAAAGCGCCCUUGGAUCCCGUCACCGCUGGUGCCUACAUCGACAUCUUUGCAGUCGCCGCCGAUCAGAAUCUAACCGCCGAUCUAACCGCCGAACCUCAUUUAACCGCCGAUCCUCGUCUAAUCGCCGACCCUCAUCUAACCGUCGAUUCUCCUGUUACUGGCGAUCCUCAUGUAACCGGCGCCGGCCAGUUCGGCGAAUUAGGGUUCGAUUUCGGGCAGUCGAUCCUGCUCGACUCGCUGACCAGCGGCCAACCCGCAACUUCCCAUCUGACGCCCACGCAUAAUCUGGGCGAUACGACACAUGACGCGAUGCUGGCGCUCGAUGCCAUGCCUGCGCCUUGGGAGAGCGGCGGAGGAGAGACUAGAAGUAUGGACAUGAGCUGAAAAAAAAAAAAAAAAACAACAACAACAACAAAAAAAAACAAAACAAAAAAACAAAAAAAAAAACAAAAAAUCCGCGGCGGAGGCGAGACGAUGGGCAUGCGCUACCGAUCGCCGAAGCUGCUCGACUCAGAGUCUAUUUUUUAGCUAAAGUCGAUUUUUUAGCUCGUGUCAAAUUGUUAGCUAGAGUCCAGGAUUAGGUCCACCGGUGCUGCUCAAGACGCGAUAACUGGGCGACCAUCCGUUAAUCGCUUGCAUCUGACCGCGAAACGCGACGCGAUACUACUGACCGAGGGACUGCGGAUUCGAGCUAAUGUUGAGGCUGCCGCCAUGGCUCAGACAGCAGGUUGCUAGCAACGCAAUCUGACCAAGUGUGAAAAAAAAAACGGAUGGGUGUGGUGUGGUGGUUGGGUGGGAGUCUUGGGAAUCCCGACUGGUUGGGUUGGGAGUCUUGGGAACCCUGGCUCCCAGUUUCGUCAGAUAAUGUUUGUUCUAUACAG